UUCAUAAAGUCAGAUGACGGAGCCUUCACAUCCUUACAUUACAGGUACAUUUUUGUGUUGCUUAUAUAUCUAUAUGAAAUAGUUAUGAUAUGUUAUAUUUGUUUUAUUAUCUGAAGCAAUAUUCUAGUGUUUUUGUCAUCACCAGUUUAAGCAUUAUGAGAUAUUUUAUUGCAUUGUCAGCAUAUGUUCUUAUACAGUUUUAGGUCCAUCAUGAAGCUGAAUCUUUUUCCUCUUCUCUGUCUGACUGGUCACAUCCACGUCACCAUCCUGCAAACUGUCCUUCACAAUUACACUCUGAUCAAAUCAUCGCAGACAUGGCCAGUGGCACAGAAUUACUGCAGGACAUUUUACAAUGACUUGGCUACUAUCGUAAGUAAUGAUGACUGGGUAAAGGUGAUGGCACUGGCAAAGGCAGGUACGACAUCGCAAGCCUGGGUCGGAUUGUACAACGACAUCAACAGCUGGCGCUGGUCCUUCCACAAUGUCUCGUUGAUAAGUACGAGUUUUAGCCAGUGGUACUCUGGGCAGCCUGAUAAUAAUAAUGGCAAUGAAUCGUGUGCAACAAUAGGGACAAGUGGAUACUGGUGGGAUUUUCCCUGCGCAAACCGCUACCCCUUUAUAUGCUACAAUGGUGAGUCGGUGUGUUUCAUUUUUGGCUUCAGAAACAUCGACUUAGCAACCUGUGCUACUAAAAUAAUUAAUCCAAUACUUUUACCAUGUUUCACAGGUAACUACACUGGUGUGGAGAGGUUCGUUGGAGUCGCUAAUCUUCAGUUGAGUUGGCUGGAUGCUCAGGCUUACUGUCGACAAUUUCACACAGAUUUGGCCUCUGCGAUCAACGCCACCGAUAACAGCCAGUUAGGUGGCGUGGCGUCACAGCAGGGUAUUUCUUGGUUUGGACUGUACAGGGACACUUGGAAGUGGUCAGAUGGGACAAAAGCUUCAAACCUAACCUGGCUCCCUGCCCAGCCCAAUAAUUAUUACAGACCCGAGAACUGUGGAAGGUUUAAUAACGGUCCGCUUAGCGAUGAACUAUGCACUAACAAGUACUAUUUUUUCUGCCACACCGUUAUUCCAGUGAGAAACAAGCAAGUCAUGAAACUCCAGGUGCUGUCGGAUGGCGCAGUGUUUGAUCCCACUGUCCAGUUCAUGACUUUAGAGCUGAUAAAACAGAAACUGAAGGAACACGGCAUGUUUUUCAACUCCACAGUGCACUUUAGGGUGCUGCCCGAUGGAAACAUCUUCUACAAGAAACGCCAAAAUAACCCAUGAAUUCUACGAUUCAUCUUCUGUACCUGUAGAUACCCUGAGCUAUGAUUGAUCUUCUGUACCUGUAGAUACCAUGAGUUACAACUGAUCUUCUGUACCUGUAGAUACCAUGAGUUACAACCGAUCUUCUGUACCUGUAGAUACCCUGAGUUACAACUGAUCUUCUGUACCUGUAGAUACCAUGAGCUAAUAUUGAUCUUCUCUACCUGUAAAUACCAUGAGUUACGACUGAUCUACUGUACCUGUAGAUGCCAUGAGUUAUGAUUGAUGUCAUUGUAGAUAUCACGAGCUAUGAUUGAUCUUCUGUAGAUAAAUGUGAGUUACAAAUGAUCUCCUGUAGAUUUAGGUUAUGAUUGUUAUAAGGCUGUUGAUUGGUCACUUGGACUUAAUGGGAUUAAUCACUCUCAUUUUAAUUAAACUAUGUAAAAUGUCAUUAAAUGUAACUAUAAAUGGACAAAAAAUACGAUGUGUUCUAUGAAUAUAUGAAAAUAUAUGAAUGAGCAAGUGUUCCUAAUAAAGUGGACAAUAUCUGUAUAUUUAUAAAAAUAUAAACCUGUCUGACACACUCUUUUAAUUCUAUUAACUGGAUUAAUGCACUAACCCACCUAACACUGAUAUAUAAAG